AUGGGGCGGCUCCAGAGCAUCCGCGCCUGCCUCGCGCUCUUGGCGGCUGCGUAUGCGGCGCGGGCUCUGACUUCGGAGGACCACGGAUUUGACGAGCUUAGAAGCCAGUACAGUCUGAUACAGCUGAGCUUGGGAGGUGGCUCGGUGACGGAGGAGUCCGCCGCCAUCUAUGAGUCUGUGAUGGUCGCGAUCCGCAACAACGAAACUUUAUCUCAUUCGCGGCAUAUCUGGAAGUUCGUGGCAAGCCAGACGUACGCGCCCACCCUCAGCGGAAACGGCUGCCUCUACCUCCCCUCGGACCAGGCUUGGAGGUCAUUCUACGAGUGGGUGGAGCAUCCGUACGCCCCGAUGUUCGCGGAGAUGAUAAGGAACGCGUGGGACCCGGACUGCGGCACGAGCCAGCUCGCGGCGUGUCCAGAGGGCCACGUGGUGGGUAACCACUGGUCGCUCCUCGCGGACGAGGCGCCGCCGCAGAGUUCGGUGCCCAACAUGCGCAUGCCCGAGGUCUUCGCGCAAGGCAUGGGUUGCAUACGGACCAGGCACGCGUCCACUGCGGGAAACAUACGCAUCUUCGAGGCAGAGGGCCACGUAGGCCUUCCCAGCAAAUGGAUGCAGCACGUGAAUGUUGCCAGGGAGGACCGUACCAGUAGCAGAGCGAUGCGCAGCCAAAGGUUGCAGCACAGCAGGCUGGCUCAGGACAGUUGUUCUGACUCGGCUAGUCUACCGGCCGUGCCAGAGGACAAGAAGCUCGUAGUCCCCACCAGGUUCAUCAUCUGCUGCGUGAAUUUGACGAACUGCGCCAUAAGCGAGGCCAUGAUCAAAGACCAGGUUGCUUGGAUGAAUAAGGGCUACACGGGCAGGGAGGACUGGCGCUCAAAGGAGGGCGCGCCCCCUCACGUGAACACGCAGAUCGAGUUCAGCCUUAAUGAGUUCAAGUUCGUGGAGGACGACGCCGCGUGCGCCAAGCACGCGUUCUCCAACACGUCCCUGGCGACGCGGCACAACACCGGCGGCGUGGGACUGAUUCUUAACCUAUGUCAUCAUGACCGACGACCAGAGCGGCGUCCUGGGGAUGCUGGCAGAGUUCCCGCAGGAGUGGCAGGAGUCGAGCCAGGAGCUGAUCGUGCAGAUCAACGCCAAGGCCUUCCGAGGCUGGGCCGCAGCGACGAGGUACCCCGACCUCACCUACGACGAGGGCGACACGUGCAUCCACGAGGGCGGCCACUCCCUCGGGCUCUUCCACACGUUCGAGGGCGGCUGCGACGACGGGGACAACAUCUUGGACACGGAGCCCGAGGCGUUCCCCUCGUACAUGUGCGAGGACGCGCAGUCCUGCUUCAGCCACGACCUUA